UGCCUAGGCGAGGAGUUUUAAAAGUUAUUUUGUUCGCUUUUCAGGCCGACGGGCUCCGUUGCCGGAAUGUCUCACGUUCGGCUUCUCUGGCAGGAGAGGCUCGCCGAGCACACCAGCCCGGCACGGCACGGCACGGCACGGCGGGAGGAGCAGCUCCCCCAGAUUUACCCCGCGACCCAGGGCCGGGCGGAGGCGGCCGCCCCCGGGCAGGGCAAGCCCCGCUCCCUCCCGCCGCCCCGCACGCCUCCACCAUGUUGUCUGGGCGCGCAGCGGCGCGGAGGAGGCAGCGCCGCCAGCCCGGCUCCGCGGGGGCCGCCCGGCUCCUCCCCGCGGCCUCCGGCUCGGGCGCGGAGGCGCUGCCCCGGCCGGGAGGCGCGGCGAUCCCGGCCCGGAGCGCAUGGAGGGAAACGCGCUGCGGAGGAGGGGCCGCGGUGCCCACCGGAGAUCCCGGCCAUAGGGGCGGGGAGUCUCCUCCUCCUCCACCUCCUCCUCCUCCUCCCGCAGCGAGGCUCCAGCUCCCCGCACGCACCGGAGCGCUCGGCUCCCUCCUCCUCGUCCCUCCUCCCUUCCCCUCCUCCCCGCUUCCCUCCCCGGGUCGCCGCGGCUCCGGGAGGAGCGGGGGGGCCCCCGCUUCCUUCCCUCCCCCCCUCCUUCUCCCACCCGCCACGCCGAGGAGAGGCAGAAGCAACCAUGGGGUGUAUUAAAAGCAAAGAAGGUAAAGGCCCAGCCAUGAAAUACAGAACUGAAAAUGCUCCAGAACCUGUUAUUUCCCAUGUCAGUCAUUAUGGAUCAGAUUCCAGCCAAGCAACACAGUCACCGUCAAUAAAGGGAUCAGCAGUUAACUUUAAUAGUCAUUCCAUGACUCCUUUUGGAGGGCCUUCAGGAAUGACACCCUUUGGAGGAGCAUCAUCUUCAUUUUCAGCUGUGCCAAGUACAUAUCCUAGUACUUUAACAGGUGGUGUUACUGUAUUUGUGGCCUUAUAUGAUUAUGAAGCUAGAACUACAGAUGACCUUUCAUUUAAGAAAGGUGAACGGUUCCAGAUAAUAAAUAACACGGAAGGAGACUGGUGGGAAGCAAGAUCCAUUGCUACAGGAAAGACAGGCUACAUCCCAAGCAAUUAUGUAGCUCCUGCAGACUCCAUUCAAGCAGAAGAGUGGUAUUUUGGUAAGAUGGGCAGGAAGGAUGCAGAAAGGCUACUUUUAAAUCCUGGGAACCAGCGUGGUAUUUUCUUAGUAAGAGAGAGUGAAACCACUAAAGGUGCUUAUUCCCUUUCUAUACGUGACUGGGAUGAGGUCAGAGGUGAUAAUGUAAAACACUACAAAAUCAGGAAACUUGACAAUGGUGGAUACUAUAUCACAACCAGAGCACAAUUUGAAUCUCUACAGAAGUUGGUGAAACACUACAGAGAACAUGCCGAUGGGCUGUGUCAUAAGCUAACAACUGUUUGUCCCACUGUGAAACCGCAAACGCAGGGACUAGCAAAAGAUGCCUGGGAAAUUCCUAGAGAAUCUUUGAGGCUGGAAGUUAAGUUGGGCCAAGGAUGUUUUGGUGAAGUAUGGAUGGGAACAUGGAAUGGAACCACAAAAGUAGCAAUCAAGACACUAAAACCUGGUACAAUGAUGCCAGAAGCUUUCCUGCAGGAGGCUCAGAUCAUGAAGAAGCUACGACACGACAAGCUUGUUCCGCUGUACGCGGUCGUUUCUGAGGAGCCGAUCUACAUCGUCACGGAGUUCAUGACAAAAGGCAGCUUGCUAGACUUCCUUAAAGAAGGGGAAGGGAAAUACUUAAAACUCCCACAGCUGGUCGACAUGGCUGCUCAGAUUGCGGAUGGCAUGGCUUACAUUGAAAGAAUGAACUACAUCCACAGGGACCUCCGGGCAGCUAACAUUCUUGUAGGAGACAAUCUUGUGUGUAAAAUAGCAGAUUUUGGUUUAGCAAGGUUGAUAGAGGACAAUGAGUACACUGCAAGACAAGGAGCUAAGUUUCCAAUUAAAUGGACCGCUCCAGAAGCAGCCUUGUAUGGUCGGUUUACAAUCAAGUCGGAUGUGUGGUCAUUUGGAAUUUUACUGACAGAGCUGGUAACUAAGGGGAGAGUGCCAUAUCCAGGAAUGGUGAACCGAGAAGUUCUGGAGCAAGUGGAACGUGGCUAUAGGAUGCCUUGUCCGCAAGGCUGCCCAGAGUCUCUCCACGAGCUAAUGAAACUGUGUUGGAAGAAGGACCCUGAUGAGAGGCCAACAUUUGAGUAUAUACAGUCUUUCUUGGAGGACUACUUUACUGCUACAGAACCACAGUACCAGCCUGGAGACAAUUUAUAAGCCAACAGUCUAUAUAACAUGCACAAAUCUGCCAAAUGUAAAAGACUUGCAAAGAAUUCCUGAAGUCUCUAAGGAAUCACAGGAAAGAAAAUCUUCGCUACUUUGCAUGCUCUUAAUGGCAAACUGGAAUUUCAUAAUGCAGUUGCACAAAACCACUUUUAAAGUGUUAUACUCUGAUUUACCAAUGACAUGUUUUUAUUUUUUUCCUCUUUCCCAACUUAUUUUCAGGGUCCAAAGGAAGCUUACUGAAAAUACGGGGCAGAAAAAAAUGAGUGUUGGUGUGAACAAUAGCAGAAAAACCAAUGUUUCAAAUCCUUUAUUCUCCCAGUAUUUGCUAAUCAUUCUACUAAUGAGGGAAUUGUCUGGAAUUAGUGAUCUUGGGGUAAGGCCUUUUUAAAGCAGAACUUUGUUGGGACCAAGCAAUUCUAUUCCAGUUCAGUAAAACUCCCUGUGUUUAAAACUACAUGUGUGUGCAAAACGAAAGAUGGUACAACUGUAUUUGAUUUAUAGUCUUGAUCUUUAAGCUUCCACUUUCAUGGACGUAAUUAGGGUAGGCAGGCAAAAAGAGAAAUUGAAAAAGUGAAUGAGAAACUUGAGCUAAAUGGUAGACCUCAAUAGUGAGAUUAGAGAGCAUAAUGCACUGUGUUAAUACUUGUAUUAAUAUAACUGGAAAGUAGCAUGAGAGAUUUUUCCUUUUUUCAUUCUGCAUAGCUAAUUAAGAAUAAUGAAGGUAACUAGAAAAUGAGGUAAUAUUUUAUAAAAUUGUAUUGAUAAAGUAUGAUGAUACUUUGAACUUGAAGCUAUGUAAUACAAUCACGGAGGGAAAACCUUUAAUCUUUUAAGCUCCAAUGGAACAGUGAGCUUUUGUAUGGGAAGACUACCUGAACAAAGUUCACCAGGAAAGCAAGACUGAAGCUGGUAAAUGGCCACCUUUUGGUCCUUUUUCAGAGACAGGUUUGGUACUGUUGUAUGUGGCUUGUAAGUGCGAGGGUGGGUGCCACAAGUGCUGUCUGUCACUAGUUCAGGGAUUUGAUUGCACUUUUGCUUUUCUUGACUAUUAAGACACACAGUUGCUCUUCCCACUUCUGCCCUUCCUACAGAAUUAUUUAACUAAAAAUAAAUGAAAGAAAAUGUGAAAGUUUAAAAAGUAAAGGGAUAAAAUAUAUUUAAUAUUGUCCAAAUAAUGAAAUUUGCUGGCAUUCAGCCCAGCUGACACUACAUUUAGAUUUUUAUUUUUUUUUUGUUACUGACAUAUCAAGCAAUAACGUCAUGUCUUUUACUCAACAAUUUGCAUGAGGUUCUUGAAUUUUCUGAUCAAGCUUAUAUACUUUAAUUUUGAAACACUCUUACUUAGUUACUGGCUUGGAAUUCAUAUUAUCAUUGUAAAGCUAUCCAACAAAUGAAUUCAGAAAAGCUGGUAAUAUAGUUCUGGUACUAAACUUAACAUUCAUGGGUUUGGUUUACACUACAUUGAAUCAGAUCUGUGUAGGAACAGUGCCAUCAUUUUCCCUCAUCAUUGCUCAUCAACUAUACAUCUGUGGUUAUCAAAUUUUAAAAGGGCUUUCUGUAAGAAAAACAAAAACAAAACAAAAAAACACACACACAAAAUACUCGGAAAAACCCAAAAAAUAUGAUGACAUUUAAAUUUUUCUAAAUAUUUUAAAAUUAAUAACACAAUCAUAUGAGUUUAUGUAUUAAUACAGUCAUAACAAAAAAUGCCAAAAAUGACACUGGCAUUAUAUGGAUUUUUAAUUACUGAAUGGAACAGUUCAUUGUAAUAACACUUGUAUAGUAAAGGAAUAAAACACUAACUUAAUGAACGUGUUCAUUGUAAAUGGUUGUGUAUUAUAAAACUUCUCCAAAAGAGUUUGUAUGUUUAUGAAAAUUUAUUUGUUUCACCUGAAGACCUUGAUGUGGUUCUUACCCUAACAGAGUUUAAAAUUCACAUUCACACUUUUUAUAUAAAUAGUAAUAAGUUUAAUUAUGUAACUAAGUAUUUUUAUAAAAGUAUGGCAUUGUUGAACUGUUUUGCAGAAUUGGUUCAAAAUAAAUUUCACCUUGAUUGCA